UUCAGGAAAGCAACACCUGAAAUAAAAGAACACAAGCCAUUAAACACUUAAAAGGCAUGAUCAGAAGAUUGAAAUCAAGGAUUAGAUGUUAAGGAGAAACAGAGAUUUGUCAGCAAUGUUAAUUAGAUUUGUCAGUAAGAGUUUGAUCUUAGUGGCUGUCCUUAGUAUAAUCUCAGCAGAGUGGUCUGGGGAAACAUUUUUUGAUUGUGGUUAAUUGAAGUAUGAUUUUUUUUGAAGCUUUCUGGUUUUGUUUGUUAGACUGGAUCCUCAGGUAAUCAUUCUCUCCUAAAACAAGGUUUUCCACAAAAUGUUUUACUGGCAUUAUGUGCUCCCAAGAGGAUAUUGAUCUCAUAAUUAUGGACUGGAGAUAUCUUUAGACACACACAGUGCUGUCCAACAAUGUUUCACUCCAACUCAAUUAGAAACAUUUGUACAUUUUCAUAAAGUAUUUGAAAAACAAAGCAUAAACUAAGAAGAUAAUUACAGUCAGUUUAACCCAAAGGAGUAAGUACCUAGAAAGCUGAAAACUUAGGAAUCUACUUAAAAGAGGCAACCACAUAGAAAUAAAAAGAUGCAAAACAGGAACUAGGUAAUGUACAAUAAGAACAAGAUAAGACUGUCCAGAUUUUUAAAUCUGCAUUCUAAGUAUCAGUGAGACUGAAUUGAUAGAACCUCUCAUGCAAUGUGUGCUGAAAGGAGUGUGAUAUAUUAGGGAAAGUAUUUGGUACUGCCCUUCAAAAAUAGCAAUUACAUACAUAAUCCUAAGUCUAGAAUUUUUCCUCCUGGGUAUAGAAGAGUACCUCAAAGGUGUGGGCCAAGAGACCUCGGAAAUCUCUCCCCUUUAGAAUCUCCACUUCUUAUUGAUGUUAUCAAGUCUCAUGGGUUAAAUGCCCAUUCAUCACAGACAAUGGAAUUUAUCUCUCAGACUAUAUCUUUGAAUCCCAGAAUAGUUAAGUGGUCUCUAGGAUGAGGUAUUUUAUCCUGAUGCCUUUGGAACAUCUCAAAUGUCACAUGUCCACAUCUUGCAUCUCCUUAUCCCCAGACCCAUUUCAUCCAUUUUGGGGCUCAUAGUGUCUUCAUAUUGCAUGGAUACUUUAGGUCCAGUUCUUUGUGCUUUCUAUUACUGGAUUGUGGCCUAUAUAAAAAGGCUUAACUUAGGGUUUUUAAGUGUUGUACCAUAGUCCAGCAAGCAAUGUGUAUAAAUUAGAUGAAUUCCUUUCUUUAAAGUCCAUCAGUGGCUAUCUUGUUUCCCUCACAGUAAAAGCCAAAGAUCUGACAGUAUCUUACAAGGCCCAGGAGACCAUUUUUUUUUUCUGUCUCCCCACUACCUGUCUGGCCACGUUCCUCUAGUAACUCUAGUAUUCUAAGGCAGCUUAAGCAUCCUGUCAUGUCCCUUAGGCAUUGAUAUUGGAUGCUUUCUCUUAUUUAAAAAAAAAAAGAUCAUUCAGUGAAACUGAGAAUCAUCACUGGUCAUAUUAUUUACCUUCACACAUGUUUUCAACAUACAUACUUGCAAACAUUUAUGGUUCAUCUCACACUGAUUUAUUAUGUAUUCACUAUUUUUAAAAAAUUUAAAUGAGGUUAUGGUUUAAAUUGGAAUGGCCCUCAUAGAUUUAUGUGUUUGGAUACUUGGCCAUAGGGAAAUGUGUUAUCAGGAGUGUGGCCUAGUUGGAGGAAGUAUGCCACUAGGGGGUUGGGAAGCUUGUUGUUCAAGCUAGGCCCAGUGUGGCACAGUCUCUCCUUGCUGCCUAUGGAUCAAGAUGUAGAACUCUCAGCUUUGUCUCCAACACCAUGUUGGUCUGAAUGCUGACAUGAUGAAUAAACCUCUGAAACUGUAAGCCAGUCCCAGUUAAAUGUUUUCCUUUAUAAGAGUUACUGUAGCUUUACUGAAACAAAUGCAGAUAUUUACAGCCAUCCAUUGGACUGAGGUGGGGGACCCCUAUAGAAGAGUUAGGAGAAGGAUUGAAGGAGCUAAAGGGAAUGGCAACCCCAUAAGAAGAACAAAAAAAAAAAAAAAAAAAAAAAAAAAAGUUGCUGUGGUCAUGGUGUCUCUUUAUAGUGACGAAACCUUAAGACAAGGGUGUUAAGUGCCAAGCCGUGCAUAUGGACAAUUUGCAGGAGUCUAGUUGUGUUAGUCCACUAUGUGGAAACUGGGGGUUGAAUUUAGGCUGUCAAGUGCUAGUAGCAAACACCUUUACCCUGAGCCACCUCUUCAAAUGUAAGAUUUAUCCAUUCUCAUUUACUAAUCUGUCCCAAAUGCCUAGACAGAAUCCAGCAUGUGGAGGAAGAAGUUACAGAAGAUAAUACUAUCUAAUUUUUAUAAGCCUCAAAAUUAAGUAAAUUAAUUGGUUAUAUAAAGGAUAGUUUUCCUCUUAUGUUUUUUUUUUCAUGAUACUGGAAUCAGAUCUAGGAUGUUGUGCAUUGUUAGGCUAGCGAAGUAGUCUACCAUUAAUAUCCUUCUCAACUAGAACUAGUAGUCUACCAUUAAUAUCCUUCUCAACUAGAAGACUGUAAAGAUAAGAAUAAAAGCAACCUUAGGAGGAGCAGAAACCUGAGUGGUACAACCUGGCUCGAUGGAGAGCAGUGUCCAUCACUGGGCUCUACUGCUUAGGUUUAGGGAAGUCACUUCAGUGUGCUUAAUGGCUGCCAUCAAAUAUUGUCUAACCAACUAGCCGAGGCAACGACUGUGCAGCGUUGGAAUCUGCUGAUGCUGUGAAAAUCCUAAAAAAUUUGAGCUGUGAAAUAAGGUACGGUUUGAUCAAGGUCAGGUCUAAGAAUAGUAAUUUAAACGAAGAGUAUUAGGUCUCUCUAUAGUGAUUUUGGUAAGAUUAGCUGUGAAACAGGAUGUACUUAUAGUUGUAAGAAAUAAGUUCAAGCUUUAAGAACACAGCAGGAAAAGGAGCAGAGAAAUCAUAGAUCUAGAGUUUGGACAUUGAAGUCAUUGACCUGACAGCAAGUGUUGGGGCAGAAAGAAAAAAAAAAAAAAAAACAACUCACUGACUGUCAAAAUAGCAUAGGAGGGCAGAGUGGCGCAGUGAGAGAGAACAGGGAAGUAAGCGCCCAUCCCACAGCCUCAGGGGAAAUGCAUUCAUAAUGGAAUAAAAGGUCAGCUAUUACCCUUUUCCACUUUAAACCAGUGUCUCUUCUCCUCUGGCCUCUGACUUGCUUUUAUUGAGUCAAGUUGCCAGGGGUGUGUCCUGCCAGGUUUUUUUUUUUUUUUUUUUUUUUUUUUUCUUCUUCAGGAAAGACACUGGGCCUUUAAAUAGGGCCUGGCCUUUAACAUGUGAUUAUAUGAAGCAACCCUGCCUUUGCCUAUGUACCCUCAAGUUACUUAUCUGCUCCUGCCUCAGCUUCUCUAGUAAUGAUACCUCAGUUUGCGUUAACAAGUAGGACACUCCACAUGGUUCGUCUCACUGUGUAAUCUUUAGUUUUGAGAGUCAGCGAUCAUACUUUUACUUACAAUAACUAUCAGUUACUGAGAGGUCCUAAACAGUGUAUUUCAUGUACUAGUUUGUCUAACUUGAUUCUGCAACAGUGCUUUGAGGUUGAUCAUUUUAACCUUUCCACAGGAGACAGAGCCCAAUAGUAGUACAUUUGCCAUGCUAGUAAGUAUCGGAGCUCAUUUUAACUUUUAGUAUCACCUAGUACCCAAAUCCAUCUUCCCCACUGUGGUGCGUGUCACAGAUCCCAGCCAUUGCUUGUGUAUGUAAGCAGUUGAUAAAGUUCCUCUGAACUUAUAUGCCCUCUUAAGUAAUUUACGGGGCGUAUUUUUUUUCCAAAAGAAUAAGUUUUCACCUCAAUUAACUGAGUAUUUUUCACAUUCCUGCUUUAAGAAUACUAUCCACCAAGGAUCUUUCCUUAAUGUCAAGAGUAAGUUCUAUUUUUAAAAUAAUCACUAAAAACAAAGUACACUGACUAUAAAAGCAGAAGCCUUCAUUAGCUUUUAAGGAAAAACAAAACAAGCCUGAAAUAUAUUCCACCUGUAAGGAACUUGUCAUUUAAUUCUAUUGUGUGGGCAAUUCUCUGUGUGUUAUAGGCAUAGCUUGAGUAUCGAGCAUGAAAUGAUCACAAACUAUACACUCAUAUUUUGGAUCAAGGCUUUGAAUUCAUUUUACCCCAAUCUUUCUAUGUGAAAAAGCAGCAGGCUGCGUUAGUCAAACCGCGAACACAAAGAGGAUGGUUUUCCAUCGCGUGCCUAUCCACCAGGUUCUUUUGAUUAGGGUUUACUUUGGCUCUUAAGGCAGAACGCGUUGCAGUCAGGAAAGCAGCUGAAGAAGCCUUUAAGUGUUUUGUUUCAGUAGCGCCCCAGCGUACCCUCUGCGCUGUUUCCUCUCCCGGUCUUUCCCGGUUCACUGCGGGUCAUGUGAUACCGGUCACGUGACUCGGUCAAAGGAUCUUUUCCUCUUACCAGCUUUGAGGAAAAAAAAAAAAAAGCGAAACUGUUCUCCAAUUAAAGCUGCUAACGUGUACUACGCCGUUUCCUUGUUGGGUUUUCUUGUUCGCUGGCUGCUGCUCCUGUAGAAACAAAAUGAGUGGUCCUGCUCAGGUUCCAAUGAUGUCCCCAAAUGGUUCCGUGCCUCCUAUUUAUGUGCCUCCUGGAUAUGCCCCACAGGUUAUCGAAGACAAUGGUGUUCGGAGAGUCGUUGUGGUUCCGCAAUCACCAGAAUUUCAUCCUGGUGGCCACACAGUUAUCCACCGCUCCCCACAUCCUCCUCUGCCUGGUUUCAUUCCUGUCCCAACCAUGAUGCCCCCUCCACCACGCCAUAUGUACUCACCAGUGACUGGAGCUGGCGACAUGGCAACGCAGUAUAUGCCGCAGUAUCAGUCUUCACAAGUAUAUGCAGAUGUAGAUGCCCACUCUACACACGGCAGGUCCAACUUCAGAGAUGAAAGAUCUAGUAAAACAUAUGAACGCUUGCAGAAAAAAUUAAAGGAUCGCCAAGGAACACAGAAAGAUAAAAUGAGCAGCCCCCCACCAUCACCGCAGAAAUGCCCUUCUCCCAUAAGUGAACACAAUGGACUCAUAAAAGGGCAGAACGCCAGUGGUGGGAACACAGGAUCUGCAAGAAACAGAUCGGGGCGUGGGAGAAGCUGUACACAAGUUGACCCGGAAAUGGAAGAAAAAGAUGAAGAAACUAAAGCAUUUGAAGCAUUUCUUUCCAACAUUGUCAAGCCAGUGGCCUCAGACAUUCAGGCAAGGACUGUCCUGCUCACCUGGUCGCCACCAUCCAGCUUCAUUAACGGCGAAGUGAACGAGACAGCUGUACCAGAGCUCUUCAAUUAUGAAGUCCUGGUUUCCAGCACUGGGAAGGAAGGGAAAUACAGAAGUGUUUAUAUAGGAGAAGAAACAAGUGUCACUUUAAAUGAUCUCAAACCAGCCACAGAUUACCAUGCAAAAGUACAGGCAGAGUCCAAUUCAAUCAAGGGAAUUCCUUCAGAAGCGGAAAGCUUUACGACCUUAAGCUGUGAGCCUGAUCCCCCCAAUGCACCAAGAAUAGCCAACCGGACCAAAAAUUCACUCACCUUGCAGUGGAAGGCACCUAGUGACAAUGGUUCUAAAAUCCAAAGUUUUAUUUUAGAAUGGGAUGAAGGGAAAGGAAAUGGAGAAUUCUGUCAGUGUUACAUGGGCUCACAGAAGCAAUUUAAAAUUACCAAACUCUCACCAGCAAUGGGUUGUAAAUUUAGAUUAUCAGCCAAAAAUGACUAUGGUGUAAGUGAUUUUAGUGAAGAGGUCCUGUACUACACCUCAGGCUGUGCCCCUUCUGUCCCCGCAAGUCCUGUGUUGACCAAGGCUGGAGUUACUUGGCUGUCCCUACAGUGGACUAAGCCCUCAGGAACACCAUCAGAUGAAGGGAUUUCUUACAUUUUAGAGAUGGAAGAGGAAACAUCAGGCUAUGGCUUUAAGCCGAAAUAUGAUGGAGAAGAUCUUGCUUACACAGUGAAAAAUCUGAGACGAAGUACAAAGUAUAAAUUUAAGGUCAUUGCUUAUAACUCAGAAGGUAAAAGCAAUCCUAGCGAAGUGGUGGAAUUCAGUACCUGCCCUGAUAAACCAGGAGUACCUGUGAAGCCUUCAGUUAAAGGGAAGAUACACUCGCACGGCUUUAAAAUUACUUGGGAUCCACCAAAAGACAAUGGAGGGGCACCCAUCAAUAAGUACGUGGUGGAGAUGGCAGAAGGUUCUAAUGGAAACAAAUGGGAUAUGAUCUACAGUGGCACUACCAGGGAACAUCUUUGUGACCGGCUGACUCCAGGCUGCUAUUACCGCUUACGGGUUUACUGCAUUAGUGACGGAGGGCAGAGUGCGGUCUCUGAAUCUUUACUAGUACAGACUCCAGCUGUGCCUCCUGGCCCAUGCCUCCCUCCCAGGUUACAGGGUAGACCCAAAGCAAAAGAAAUACAGUUACGAUGGGGACCUCCUCAGGUUGAUGGUGGAUCACCCAUUUCCUGUUAUGCAGUAGAAAUGACUCCUGCAGAUAAAGAUGAGCCCAGAGACGUUUACCAAGGUUCUGAAGUGGAGUGUACAGUGGGCAGCCUUCUUCCUGGAAAGACGUACAGCUUCAGACUUCGUGCAGCAAACAGAAUAGGGUUUGGACCAUUUUCAGAAAAAUACGAUAUCACUACAGCUCCUGGGCCACCAGACCAAUGCAGACCCCCUCAAGUGACAUGCAGAUCUGCAACUUGUGCACAAGUGAAUUGGGAGAUUCCUUUGAGUAAUGGGACUGACGUCACUGAGUACCGGCUGGAAUGGGGAGGAGUUGAAGGAAGUAUGCAGAUGUGUUACUGUGGGCCUGGCCUCAGUUGUGAAUUAAAAGGACUUUCACCAGCUACUACCUAUUACUGCAGAGUCCAGGCUAUGAGUGUUGUAGGUGCAGGUCCUUUCAGUGAAGUUGUUGCCUGUGUGACUCCACCGUCAGUUCCUGCCAUUGUGACUUGUCUUCAAGAAAUAAGUGAUGAUGAUAUAGAAUACCCCCAUUACUCACCCUCUACCUGCCUUGCAAUUAGCUGGAAAGAGCCUUAUGACCAUGGCUCAGAAAUCCUUGCCUACAGCAUAGACCUCGGAGAUAAGCAGCCUUUGACAGUGGGAAAGAUGACAAGCUAUAUCAUAGACAGUUUGCAACCAGAUACAACAUACAGAAUACGAAUUCAAGCCUUGAAUAGCCUUGGAGCUGGGCCUUUCAGCCAUACAAUUAAAUUAAAAACUAAGCCCCUUCCCCCUGAUCCACCUCGGCUGGAAUGUGUUGCCUUUAACCACCAGAACCUUAAGCUUAAGUGGGGAGAAGGAACUCCAAAGACGUUGUCCACAGAUGCUGUUCAGUACCACCUUCAGAUGGAAGAUAGGAAUGGAAGGUUUGUCUCCCUGUACAGAGGGCCUUGUCAUACAUAUAAAGUACAAAGGCUCAGUGAGUCCACGUCCUACAAGUUCUGCAUUCAAGCUUGUAAUGAAGCUGGGGAAGGUCCUCUCUCCCAAGAGUAUGUUUUCACCACUCCAAAAUCUCUUCCAGCUGCCUUGAAAGCCCCCAAAAUAGAGAAAAUAAAUGAUCACAUUUGUGAAAUUACAUGGGAAUAUUUACAGCCAAUGAAGGGUGACCCAGUUAUUUAUAAUCUUCAAGUUAUGGUGGGAAAAGAUUCAGAAUUCAAGCAGAUUUACAAGGGCCCUGAUACUUCAUUCCGGUAUUCCAGCCUUCAGCUGAAUUGUGAGUAUCGAUUUCGAGUGUGUGCCAUUCGCCAAUGCCAAGACCCUACAGGGCAUCAGGACCUGGUAGGUCCCUACAGCACCACAGUGUUCUUCAUCUCCCAGAGGACAGAACCGCCGGCCAGCAGCAACAAAGACAGUGUGGACAGUGCCCGGACCCGGCGUACUCUAAGUGACGAGCAGUGUGCUGCAGUCAUCCUGGUGGUGUUUGCUUUUUUCUCCAUUCUGAUUGCCUUUAUCAUUCAGUACUUUGUAAUCAAGUGAAAAUAUAACUUUAUUUUUAACACUGUAUUACAUUUUAUUUUGUCAUGUACUAAAAUUAUUUCUGUAUUGCUUUUACAAAAUGGUGGCAUUUAGCACUGGCAUUGAGACUAUCUAUUGAAACAUGGCUUUGGCAUUUCAGUGCUUCUGUUGUUAGGCAAAGGCUGGCCCUCCAUGGGAGUCCAGCACAGAAACAUCAAUCUGGGGAGGCUGGGUAUUUUGGUUUGGGGUUGGAACUUUUUUCCCUGCUUCUUUUUUUUCUCUCUCUCUCCCCUACACACCUCCCUGAAACCCCAGAUAUGCCUUCUAGUGAAACAAGCUUUUUAAAGGACACUGCUAUGAUCGUGUUGACCAGUCAGCAUAAGUAAAACAGUGGCAACCACGUCUGUGGGUUUCGCAGAUGACUGCCAUGUGAAAGAACAGUUCAGAAUGACUAGAAUUUACACUAACGUUCUCUACGAAACUUGUUCAAGUCUGAUGCUGUGAAAGCAAUCUAGUGCUAUACUUCUACCUCCUCAUUUGUCUUAAUUGUUUGGUAAGUGGGAUUUUGAUGAAUAACUGGAGGGCUUAGCAAACAAAAACUGGAUGAAGGAAUCUGAGUGAAAAAGAAGCUGUUUGUUGAGUGUGGAGUUCUUCCUUACACACACACACACUUACACACACAUACAUCCACACACAUACACAAAUGCAUACACACGAACUCACAAGUGAGACCAAGAAAGCACAGACCCAGAAAUACGGAUCAUUACCUGAACAGUACCUCUUUUUGGGAUUUGAGAACAGAAGACUUUUAAAUAAUAACUAAAUAUGAAGCCCGUUUAGCUUCUGUUUUCUGGGCCUUGAAACUCGUGUGUGUGUGUGUGUGUGUGUGUGUGUGUAUGUGUGUGUGUGUGUGUACACGCACACAUGUGCACACACAUUCACAUUGGGUCUGUGUGCAGACUGUCAGGUAAGGAGAUGUGUCCACACUCAUCACCUGGUCUAGGCUAGCUUUGAAGGACUCCCAGUGGUUCUGCAGCAUCUCCUGUAACUACUGCUGUUGCCGUCAGAAUUUCUAAUCAAACUCAACCUUUUUGUUUGGGGUACCAAAUCUGAAGACAAAAUUAAUUUGCACCAGUAAACUUCAAGCUGCUUUCUUUCUUGAGAAACUAAUGUUUAAUGUAUAAUGUCUGUUUGGAUACUGUUCCAAAUUGUUGAUUGCAUGUGGGUACCGUUGCAUUAGAGCACUUUGCAAAUUGCAUAGUUCAUUGUUUGUGAGCUUGCAUUUGUGAGUUAUUGGAUGAUCAGAUUGAAUUUUGUCAUAUCACAUUGUACAUCUCGCCUCGAUGUCAAUGACUGCCAGUAAUAAUACAGUCUGCAAUGAAUUUAUAUGAAAUUUUUGUUUUAUCACAUGUUAUCUGUAGACAUCUGUAACUAGCUUCUUUAAUUUAUUAUUUGGAUUUUAGAGUAGCGAGUCACUAAUUUUUAGUUGCUGAGGUCUGCAUUUUAGUGAUUACUAAGCACUUCUGUCUGUCAAAAAGAAAUGUAUGUUUUGUACUUUGAAGAUCUCUGAAGAAUUUCCCUUAUAAUAGAAUGGGCAUGUAUUGUAAUUGUUUUAUGUCAAUGAUCUGCGCUAUAGAAAAAACAUUAACCUUUAUUCAAAAAAGAAACGGAUAAACUUGGCCUCUCCAAGUGUAAGAAAACCCUGUCACUCUAAUAUACUGUUUGUUUACAUUUUAUUUAAUCUCUUAUGAAUAGGGUGAUAACUUGUCCCCCAAACAACUGCGAUUACGAUUGUUUUCUAGAACUUCUUAAAAGUGCCACAUUUGGCAGUACAAAUGAGUCUGAGUGUAAGAGCCCAGAGAUUUCUAUAUAGUUGAAUGUCUAAAAUGGUAAAAUGUGCCACACAGUGGCUUAUGUUUUUCAUAGUAAUUCAAAUGAACUCCUAUUUUUGAUAGUAAAUGUCAUUUAAUAGUGUACUUGCCAUUUGAGCCUCACUGCAAUGUUAGUGCAGAGGAGAAAACAAUUUUUAAUGUAAUCUUGAUUUUACCUCAUAUACUGUACAUUCCAAAAACUCAACUUUUUAAAGAUUAUAGAUACACUACCAAACAUACCACCUUAAAAUUGUAUAAGGUUGAACUUCAUACAAGUGAAAAAGUAUAAUCUCAUAAGAAUACAUAAACUAUGUAGCAAAAGUAUCUGUAAAAUCCAUGGAAAAUAAAAGUUGUAUCAUUCUUU